UUCCCGUGUUUGGACAGGCUCAGGGGCUGCCCCCGGGGAGCGCGGGGCUGGGCGCGGGGGCGAUCGGGCAACGGACAAACGGACACGGGGACAAACGGCCCCGGAGCUUCAGUUGCUUCAGUUGCAGCAGCAGCAGCGGCAGCAGUGAAAGCAGCGAAAGAAGCAGCUUUGUCGAGUCCCUCUUGCAUCUCCUCUCCUUCUCUUGCUGUCCCGCAGCCUCUCCCGCUCUCCCUUUCCCGCUGUCCCCUCCUCUCCCGGUCUCUCUCUCCCUAUGCCCGGCCGGGCCAUGCCCCCUUCCCGCCCCCGGCCCCGGGCGGGGCUGUCCCGUCCCCGGCCCCGGCCGUCCCGCCGCGGUCUCGCCUCCGCCCGGCUCUGGCCGUGCUGGCGCUGCUGGGCGGGCAUCAGUGCCUGGGGCUGGGGCGGCAUUGCCUCCCUUUGGCUCCGCCUGGCCCGAGCCAGGCCCCGGCCCCGGCCCCGGCCCCGGCUCCUCCCGGGCCCCGCGGAGGACACAGGCGGCGCGGCCGCUGCCGCCGCCUCCGCUGCGGCUUCCCCGGCCCGAGCUCCGCCGCUCGGCAGCGCGGCCGCCGGCCCCGAGCCGCCACUGUCCCGUUGCCAGGAGCGAACACCAGGGGAUGGCCGGCCCGCGGCGCUUGAGGGGCGCUCGGGGGCCGCUCCUGGCCCCGGGCCGAGCGCUGACAGCCGCGUCCCGCCCGCAGGGAAGGCGCAGGAGGCCCUGCAGGAGCGGGAGCGGCUGGGUUCGCUGCCGGGCCGUGGCGGCUUCGGCUGCGUCUUCGCGGCCACGCGGCUCUCGGACGGCGCCCCGGUGGCCAUCAAAAGGGUGCCGCGGGAUCGCAUCCGGCACUGGGGCGAGCUGCCCGACGGCACCAGCGCACCCAUGGAGAUCGUGCUGCUGGACAAAGUGUCCUCUGGCUGCGCUGCUGUCAUUCAGCUCCUGGAGUGGCUUGACCUCCCCGACAGCGUCUUGCUGGUGCUGGAGCGCCCGGAGCAGUGCCAGGACCUGUCGGGUUUCCUGGCGGAGCGGAGGUUCCUGCCGGAGGAGGAGGUGCGGGGGCUGUUCCGCCAGGUGCUGGAGGCCGUGUGGCACUGCGCCAGCUGCGGGGUCCUGCACAGGGACAUCAAGCCCCAGAACAUCCUGCUCGACCUGGCCACCGGGCAGCUGAAACUGAUUGACUUUGGCUGUGGCAUCUUCUUCCAAGACACAGCCUACACUCAGUUUGCAGGAACCCUGUCCUACAGCCCACCAGAGUGGAUCCACCACCAACGCUACCACGGCGAGGCAGCGACGAUCUGGUCCCUGGGCCUCCUGCUGUACCACCUGGUCAUGGGGAAGCACUCAUUCAGGAGGGGUCAGGAGAUCAUCUGGGGGCGGAUCUUGUUCCCACGACGGCUCUCUCAAGAGUGCCAGGAUGUCAUUAAGAGGUGUUUGUCCAUGCAGCCCUUGGACAGGCCAUCCUUAGAAGAGCUUUUCUGCGAUCGUUGGGUGCGGGGUGUUCCUCUGCCCUAGAGGAUGGGAGAGUUCCACGUGCAGUUGGAUCCAGGGGCCUGGCAGAAAGAGAAGGAGCCCCUGGAGAAGCUGUACUAGGUGGGGCUGCUGCUGCUGGAGACAGCAAGGACUCCAUCGAGGAUGACAACUUCUUCCUCGGCCUGGCCAACUGAAGAUGAUGGACUUGGAUUCUGCCACCUUCUCCAAAGCCAGGCUCCACAGGGAAUUUGCAGAUGAGUCCACACGCAAGGGGAUGCUCCCAGAUUUGGGCAUUGCACAGCAUGGCAGGGAACCAAAGGUUCCCCCUUUGCUGGGGCGGAUGCAGCUGAUCCUUCAGUCGGCUGCCCAGCUGCUUUUGGCAGGGCUCGGGGCAUGGGCUGGGGUGGGUACGAAAUGGGAGUGGGCUCCUGGCCCUGCCAACAGCCCCCAGCACCCACCGUGCCCCGGGCUGGGGCUGGGGCUGGGGCAGCCAGCCCGACACAAACCAACCCCCAUGGUGGGAGCAGAGGUGGGACUCCAGAGCCUGUGCAGGGGCUGCUUUACUUUGCAGGCAAGGAAGGGCUUGGGCUGCUCCCUUGCCCUUGUUUGCUUUGGGAUCACCGUUAUUUUGGGGGGCAGUGCAGGGGGAAGGGAGAAAGCCUGGGCUUCCCUCACCUGUGGGUGGGCUUUUCCCUGGCAUGCAGGGGUUGGGCCUUCCUCAAGUCCCUGUCAGAGAUAUGAUCUUUCUUGUUUUCUUGUUUCCCCUUUUUGUAUGUAAUCUAUUGCCAAUCAUUUAUUGUGUGUUUUUCUAGAGGAAGCGUUCUAGGUGGGGUCCAGUCUGGAUGGGGAAGUGCUUGGGAGCAGCUGUGGCGUGGAUGGGCCGUGCCCUUGGAGAAGGCUGAGGACAUCAUUUGGGACCAGCUUUUCUUCCAGCAGUGGAUGGCGUCAGCCAGGCUCUGUGGAUGCUGAGGCUGCUCUGGGCUCUGCCAGGGCUCUGCUGGAGCUCAGCACCGGGCCCCAAUCAGCCAAAGAAUAAAUGGUGUGACCUGCAGCACAGACUUGCUUGAGCAUUUCAGCAACACAGCUCAAGUUUGCAGAGUGUACACCUCCAAGGGAAAACAUGCCACUGAUUUCUUCAAGAAAUAUGGAUAUUGAUCUAGCACCAAUAUCCAAAUGUGAUGGACAAAAACUCUCUAACAUUUUAAAGUUAGAAAGUGUAUGUUUAUUGCGACGCCAGGCAGCGUGCGGGAUAGCUCCCAAAUACACACCACACCUUUCAAAUGAUUACAGAGUCCUUUUAUCCACUCAAGAAUUGAAUACCCAAAAUACAAAUACAUAUUCAUCAUUUUGGUACAUCCCAUUCCUUGCUUCGGAUGCUAAUCAUUCCAAAAGCUAUUAAGCAUGCGUAGUUUGUUCCUUGAAAUGGGUCGGUGGUCCCUUUCAUGGGGAGGGGUCCCAAAAUGAGGAAGUAAAUGAAGUCUUCCUCAUUCUGACCUUUCUACCUUUUCAAUGCGAAUAUGACAAAUGAACCUUGGUAGAACUCCCAUUCCUUGUCUUCAAUUGGUUUCAGAACAGAGGAGGCCCACAAUUGUCUUAUGUUCCUAAAAGUUAUUUGUCAGUUUCUAUAUUCUUCAUUAUAAACCCAGCUAACUAAACAUUGUGUUGAGAAGCAAUCAAUUAUUAGUUAAUUACUAACCCUUAACUUCCUCAAGCCCCACCUUGGA